AUGGCCGUCCUGUCGCGAACCUCCCUCCGAGGCUCCCUGCGACGGAACCCAGAUGACCCCCAGGGACCCCCGAUGAAAAGACAAAGGACCCUCCACGAUCUCUGGCCCGUUAACCGUCGCCGAAGCUCCCCAGACUGCCUCGACGCCACGACCCCGACCCAAGACACCGCACCCAGCAAAGCUCGACACGCCGUGCCUCCAACCAAACCAGCACGUCCACGUCCCGCGACCCGUCGCACUCGCCGACCAUCGGCUUCGUCCGUGGAUAGCGUCGCGUCGGGCGAUCAAUUGACUACCCCGGCAACCCCCCGCGUGAAUGGCAAUGGCGUCACGACCCUUCGGCGUCUGCCCGACCGUGAUACCUCUGCGGGAGGAGGUGCUCGCUCGACGACAGAUUUGCUAUGCGGCGAGCCAGAAUCGCCCGAUCCGUUGGAUACAAUCUCUCCUGUUGUGACGGCGAGUCUGGUGAAAACGCGUCCUGGUGUGCAUGCGCUAGCGGGGGACUCGGAGACCAAGUUGUCUCAAUCGCCGGCUGCGACGCGCUCUGCUCGGCGCAGUGACCAUGAUGCGAAGCUACAGGAGGCGGAAACGCGUCAAUCGGUAGUUAAGCCGGAGGCUAUGGAUGUGACGACGGUACGUUCGUCCGAUAUGCGACCGGCAGAUGCGACUCGGUCGCAACAGCAGCAGCACAAGCGCGAGGAAGCCGAGACGGAGCAAGAAGCUUCAGCUUCGACAGGGAACGAGAGGCGAUCGCUACGUUCUGCAGACACUGGUUCUCGAUGUAAGAGUGAGCUGGCGCAGUAUUUCCACAAUUACGAGCAAAUCAUCAGUCUGGAUGAUCCUAAACCUGAACUCCUUGCUUUCAACACCAUUGUCACAUUAAUUGACGACCUUCCCGAACCUCUACCACCUUCCUCCACACCCGAUCCAUCACCUUUCGGUAACCCGCUACAACAAUUGUACGAUUGUGACGUGGUUACACUGCCCGAGCCGGCAUCAAGUACAGUGGGCAUCGACCCUCUAAAUGAGGACCUGUAUUUCCGCGCACAUCGCAAAUUCGAGCGCCAGGAGAAACAACUACGAAACAUUGAGCGAGAUCGUGCACAGCACGAGAAGCAGCAUGUCGAUCGGCUGCUGGAGGAGCUACGCAGUCAAGACUGGCUGCGUGUGAUGGGUCUCACCGGCGUUCACGAGAACGAGAAGAAGCUCUACGAGCCUAAACGGCAGAUCCUCAUUGAUGAGCUAGUCGCUCUCGUCAACAAGUUUCAAGUCUGGAGAGACGAAGAGCGGAAACGCAAAUUGGCCAGAGAGAAACAUCUACAGACAGGCGACCCCGAGACCGACAUACUUGGCCCUCAACACUCGCGCAAACACUCACGACCCGCCGAGGAUGCCGCAGACGAAAGCUCCCCUUUACCAGAUACCCCCAGCACACCCGAUCCAAACGACGUGGACGCCUGGGCCGCACGCCAACUCCACCAAGAAGCGCGCUCAGCCUCCGUCGCCAAACGGCGCAAAUCCGUCUCGGAGAACCGCAAAUCCAAGACCGGACGAAAUACAGAAGGAGAUGACCACUCUGCAGCAGCAGAAACCAAAACCACCUCCAAAAACAAAAAGACACAAAACCAACAUCCUCCGGCCUCUACAGCUCCACCUCCACCCGCUCCUCCUCCUCCUCCACUGCCUUUCCUCUACCCUCCACCCCCAGAUAAACCCUUCACCUCAUUCUUUGAACAGCCGCAUCACCGUGAGAUAGCUCUGGCCGCUGUCAAUGGCACGCGACGGGGUCGUACACAUACCAUCCUCGCUUUUGGUCAUCCUAUGCCUGAUAUACCUGAGGAACGGGAUUUCAAUCCACCGGAAGAAAUUCUGACGGACGAAGCGAUUUAUGCUUCGCAACGACAGCGACGGGCUUUGAAGCGGCGCAGUCGGGGGUGA